UCUGCUUUUAUGGUUAGGUCUUCCAUUUCACCGAGCGAUUCAUCUGGCUGAAGAUUCGAGCAAGAGUUUCUAAGAAAUUUUUGAAAGAUGAAUCGUGAAAAGCUGAUGAAGAUGGCUGGUUCUGUUCGAACUGGUGGGAAGGGUACUGUGAGGAGAAAGAAGAAGGCCGUCCACAAGACGACUACCACAGAUGACAAAAGGCUUCAGAGUACUUUGAAGAGAAUAGGCGUGAAUGCGAUCCCUGCAAUUGAGGAGGUCAACAUUUUCAAGGAUGAUGUAGUCAUCCAAUUUCUAAAUCCUAAAGUCCAAGCAUCCAUUGCUGCUAACACAUGGGUCGUCAGUGGUGCUCCUCAAACAAAGAAGUUGCAAGAUAUACUUCCUAAUAUUAUUAACCACUUAGGACCAGAUAACUUGGAGAACCUGAAGAAGCUAGCAGAGCAAUUUCAGAAGCAGGCCCAUGAAGCAGGUGCUGGUGCAACCGCUGCACAAGAGGAGGAUGACGAUGAAGUCCCAGAUCUUGUUGCUGGCGAAACCUUUGAGACAGCUGCCGAGGAGACGCCUGCUGCAUCUUAGAUUUUUUACUUUGCCUUCUUUAUAUAUUUCCUGUGUUUUUUUAAGGAUUUUUUUCCCUUGUUUUUUCAAAUUUAAGCAUUUCAGGUGUUUUCUGUUACAUACUUAGCUGACAAACUCCUAAAAUGUGGUUUUCUCCAACCAACUCUAGUUGUUGUACUACUCUAGAGUUUGCCCCAUUGUAUGUGCAUCAUAAUUGAAGGUAGAAAUCAAUUUUGCUUGUUUACGUU